GAGAGGGUCCCUGAGGCUAAGGGGGCUCGGAGCUCGGGACGCGCACGGCCACACAGCCUCGCGGAGCCUUGGAAUGUGAGGAGGAGGGCGACAGCUGUGGCAGAAGCCGUGGCCAAGUCCUAGGCAGAAGAUGGCCAAGGAAAGAUGCCUCAAAAAGUCCUUUCAAGAUAGUCUUGAAGACAUAAAAAAACGAAUGAAAGAGAAAAGGAAUAAAAACUUGGCAGAGAUUGGCAAACGAAAGUCUUUGAUAGCUGCACCAUGCCAAAUAAUCACCAACACUUCCACACUGCUAAAAAACUACCAAGACAACAACAGAAUGUUAGUCUUAGCUUUGGAAAAUGAAAAGUCCAAAGUGAGAGAAGCCCAGGAUAUCAUCUUACAGCUGAGGAAAGAAUGUUACUACCUCAUGUGUCAGCUGUACACACUGAAAGAAAAACUUACUUCAAAACAGACAGAAGAACCUGCUCAGGACCGGGAAGUAUGUCCCUCUGGAAUGGACUCCAGUAGCGACAGCAACUCCAGGAAUUUACUCGUGGAGGAUUUACCGCAAGUUCCUCUUCAGGACGCUGACUUUCCAGGACAAGAAGAAUUGUUCCAAAUAGAAGAGCCAGUACCUAAUAUUUCUCAAGACAGACUGGGAUUCGAUUUGGAUUCAGGUGAAGAUAAGUCAACUGAUAAUGUCUUACCUAGAACAGUAUCUCUCCGUCGCAGUUUAAAGAAACAUGUCAACAAUCCAUGUCAGUUCAAUGCCUUGGAUGAUUUUGGAAUCAGUCAUUUGUCAGAGCAGUUUUUGGAACUGGAAAGAAUUAGAUUUGUAGGCCCACCAGUAAACACGCACGUACCUGAAAAUGUAGAACAAAAUUUUUGUCAAUGGAACAAGGAUCAAAUUUACUUAUCACCAAGGCUAAUUCACCCAGGAGGAUCUACUAAGACAAAAGAAGACAUUUUAGAGUAUAAAUUAGACCAAACUAAAAGUAAGCACAGAGCUGCCCAAGGAAGAAAAAGAGAAGAGAAAAGAAAAGCUAACAAAAGGAAAAAAACAAAAUCUGUCUCAAAAUAUAAAGGGAGCAAAAAAAAAACUGUUUCCCAAAAAAAGUUGGAUAAAUCUGUUACCUCUAGGGAUGCUUACAAUUUUAAUUUGCAAGAGGGUGUUCAUCGCACUCCUUUCCGACAAAAAAUGAGCGAUGAUUCUAAAAGAGAAGAAAACAACAAUGAAUCUGAAGUGAGCAUCUGUGAAACAAGUGGUUCAGGAGAUGAUUCUGAUGACCUCUAUCUGCCCACGUGCAAGUACAGUCAAGAUCUCACCAGUGAAUCGGAUAGGAGUCCAGUCACCAGGCCUCGAUCUAAAAGAGCACUGAAACAUAGGGGUGAAAAGGAGACAGAGGGUUCUGAGCCAACAAAAACUCCUCCUAGUGCACUACCUGAAACUCACCAGUCACCUCAUUUUCACCUGAAGGAUAUCACAAAUGUCCCCUUGUAUCCUGUAGUGAAAACCAGAAAACUUUCUCUUUCUCCAAAAAAGAAUGUAGAAAGCCCACCAGUGUCUUUGCAUAAACGUAGGUGCACAGCCAGUGUGAACUAUAAGGAACCCACGCUCGCUUCGAAACUGAGAAGAGGGGACCCUUUUACAGAUUUGUGUUUCUUGAAUUCGCCUAUUUUUAAGCAGAAAAAGGAUUCCAGACGCAGUUCUAAAAAAAAAAAAGCAUGA